AUGCGAAAGGCCGAGAGCCCGGCGGGGCCGCUGGGGAUCGCAGGCGGAGCAGGGCGGAAGCACCGAGGCUUCCUGCAGGGAGGGCUGCCGCUGCUGCUCCUGGUGACGGGCGCCCUGGUCGCCCUGGUCGCCCUGGGCCUCCUCUACGCCGACGGAAGAGGGAAGCAGCUGCCACCCUUGACUAGCCGGCUUUGCUUCUCAAAGGAAGAGAAGACCACUGUAAAACGAACACCCCGAGACAUCCAAAAGCCCAAGGGCACAGGCGAAACCUGCGCCACCCCUGGCUGCGUGAUGGCAGCCGCCAGGAUCCUCCAGAACACGGACCCGUCCGAGGAGCCCCGUGACGACUUCUACCAGUACGCGUGCGGGGGCUGGCGGCGGCGGCACGUGAUCCCCGAGACCAACUCGCGAUACGGCAUCUUCGACAUCCUCCGGGAUGAGCUGGAGAUCAUUCUCAAGGGGGUGCUGGAGAAUUCUAGCACCAAGGAUCGGCCAGCUGUACAGAAGGCCAAGGUGCUGUACCGCUCCUGCAUGAACGAGAGUGAGAUAGAAAAGCGAGACUCGCAGCCCCUGCUGGACAUCCUGGAGGUGGUAGGAGGCUGGCCAGUGGCCACGGACAAGUGGAACCAGAGCAUAGGCCGCCGGUGGGAGCUGGAGCGGCAGCUGGCCGUGAUGAGCGCGCAGUUCAACCGGCGGGUCCUCAUCGACCUCUUCAUCUGGAGCGACGACCAGAACUCCAGCCAGCACAUCAUCUACAUAGACCAGCCAACCCUGGGCAUGCCGUCCCGAGAGCACUACUUCAACGAGGGCAGCGACCAGAAGGUACGGGAAGCCUACCUGCAGUUCAUGGUGUCGGUGGCCACGAUGCUUCGGGCGGACACGAACCUCCCCAAGAAUAACGACCUGGUGCGGGAGGACAUGGCCCGGGUGCUGGAGCUGGAGACGCGGCUGGCCAGCGCCGCGGCCCCCCCGGAAGAGCGGCGCGACGUCACCGCCCUGUACCACAGGAUGGGCCUGGAGCAGCUCCAGAGCAAGCUCGGUCUGAAGGGAUUUAACUGGACUCUCUUCAUACAAUCCGUGCUAUCCUCUGUCAAAAUCGAGCUGCUGCCAGAUGAAGAAGUGGUGGUCUAUGGCAUCCCCUACCUCCAGAAUCUUGAAGACAUCAUCGAUGUCUACUCAUCCAGGACCAUGCAGAACUACCUGGUCUGGCGCCUGGUGCUGGACCGCAUCAGCAGCCUGAGCCGGAGAUUCAAGGAUGCAAGUGCAAACUACCGUUAGGCGCUGUACGGCACGACGGCAGAGGAGGUGCGCUGGCGGGAGUGCGUCAGCUACGUCAACAGUAACAUGGAGAGCGCCGUGGGCUCACUCUACGUCAAGGAGGCCUUCCCCGGGGACAGCAAGAACGUGGUCGGAGAGCUCGUCAACAAGCUGCGGGCAGUGUUCGUGGAGAGCCUGGACGAGCUGAGCUGGAUGGAUGAGUCAUCCAAGAAGAAGGCCCGGGAGAAGGCUGGCCGGGAGGGGCCAGGUCCCAGGCUUGGCCUCCAGACGAGUCAGCGGGCUGCGGGCGGGCCCCAGAGCCCCCAGGAAGGAGACACGGACCUCCCACCUCUGGGAGCGCCCACCUUCACUCUGGUUGGGCGGCUUGAGGGCAAAGAGGAUGCCCUCGUGAAGGUUCCCACCUCCCCAAGUGGACGAAGGGGCGCUGUGACGUGGCCGGCUCUGGAGGAGGCCGUAGUCCUCGAGAAGUUGGCCGGCCCGGAAGUGCGAGGCCAUCGAGAUCCCUCGGUCUGGAGAGCCCUGCGAAGUCUGGGGGGUGGCGCUAGACAGCCUGCCUUGGUGGCCAAGGGCGCCCAGCGCCGUGCUUCUGAGCUCUCUGCGAUGCCAGGAACGUCCUGGAUCCGCGCCGCCCGCAAGGGCGGCCACGGCCCCGUGUGGCAGGAGAGCCCACCCCUGCCCCUGCCUGAGCCACCGCAGCUGCUUCUCUGUAACCCCUCGAGUCGCAAGGAAGGGGUGCGGGUGCCCGUGGAGGACCGCUACAUCCUGGAUGCCAGCUACUGA